AUGGGAGUAUGUGGAUCGAAGACGAAAGAAGGAGUGUCUGAACGGCCUCCCGCACAUACUAAUGCAACUGCUAAUCCAAAAAGGAAUCACUUGCAAAACGCUAAUGGGAAAGAAACUAGAAACAACGAUAGUAGUACCUUCGAAAAAAGUGAUGGUUCCGAUAAUAUGCGACUGGACGGAGAAAAACAGUCUGACACCAAUGGUAAUGCAUUGGAGACAAGUAGCAGGUCUAAUAAAGGUACCGAGUUUAAAGUAUUGUUAUUAGGUGCAGGCGAAAGUGGUAAAUCAACGAUUAUUCAGCAACUAAAGAUUUUACACCAAAAUGGAUUCAGCCAGCAGGAAUUGAUAGAGCAUAAAUCAGUGGUUUACGAUAAUGUACUAGAAAUCGCCAAGUCUCUGCUGGAAGCCAGAAAUAAAUUUGGAGUGCCGUUGGAGCCUAGUUCAGGAAUUACAGAAGAAGAUAUCCAACUGGUGGAAGAAUAUCAAUACACGGAAGAAGGUAGAACGGGCAAUUACUAUUUAGCCAAUACUUCGCAAUUUCCGGCACAAAUUGCAUCUACCUUGGUAAAACUAUGGGAAUUGCCCUCUACAAAGGAAUUAUUGAAUUCAAAUCACAGAUCGGAAUUUUAUUUAAUGGAUUCUGCUAGUUAUUUUGUGGAAAAUAUUGAUCGUAUCUCACAGCCCAACUAUAUUCCUAGCGUGCAAGAUAUUUUACGUUCAAGACAAAAGACUUCGGGUAUAUUCGAUGAAGUAUUUGAUGUGGGGUCCAAUUUGAAAUUGCACAUCUAUGAUGUGGGCGGUCAAAGAUCGGAACGUAAAAAAUGGAUACAUUGUUUUGAUAGCGUGACCAUAAUUAUAUUUUGUGUUUCUCUAUCUGAAUACGAUCAAGUUCUAUUGGAAGACCAAUCACAAAAUCGUUUCCAAGAGUCUUUGGUGCUUUUUGAAAAUGUUGUCAAUAGUAGAUGGUUUUCAAGAACUUCGGUAGUUCUCUUCCUAAACAAAAUUGAUCUAUUCGCAGAGAAGCUACAAAAAGUCCCAUUAGAAAAUUACUUCCCCGAUUAUACCGGUGGUCAAGAUAUUAAUAAAGCGGCAAAAUACAUUCUCUGGAGAUUUGUUCAACUCAAUAGAGCAAACUUAAGCAUUUACCCUCAUGUUACGCAAGCCACAGAUACUUCCAAUAUCAAAUUGGUGUUUGCCGCCAUAAAGGAAACUAUACUAGAAAACAGUCUAAAGGACUCAGGUGUACUGUGA